UACAGCCAAACUGCACUGUCAUGUCUCGAACCACUGUGUGGCGCAAGAUUGAUAAAGCCACAAUCUGGAAGGAGCAUGUGUAAGAAGCAAUGACGAAGACUGCAUACAUAGCCACAACAACUGAUUGCUGGACUGCAAGGAGAAGGAGUUUUAUUGGAGUUACAGCGCAUUGGCUGGAUCCCAGCAGUUUUGAGAGGCAUUCUGUUGGUCCUGCGUGCAAGCAGUUGAAGGGUGCUCACGCAUUCGAUGUCUUGGCAGGUGCGAUGAAUGACAUACAAUAUGAAAUCCGUGAGAAAAUAGUCAGAACCACAACUGAUAAUGGCUCAAAUUUCUUGAAAGCAUUUUGUGUGUUUGGAAAAGAUGAAAACAACAGUGUUACUGCUGAGGAGGUAACUGACGAAGAGGCAACUCAAGACAGUGAGCAUCAGGAUGAGGAGGUGGAAGUGGAAUUUAUCGAUGUUGAAGCCAUUAUGGCUGAAGAUGAUGGUCUUCAGUACCAACUUCUGAAGCAUCAUCGGUGCGCUUGCCAUUUGAUAAAUUUGGUUUCUACGGUGGAUGCCAAUAAUGCAAACAGGAUAGAGGCCUACAAGAAACUGUCUAGGUCAGCCUUCUCCAAGUGUCAGGCUCUUUGGAAUAAGACUGCAAGGUCCACUACUGCUGCAGAGGUGGUUGAAGAGCACUGCAAACUUCAGCUGGUACAACCUAACGCAACAAGAUGCAGCUCCUUUUACUUGGCCGUCGAGCGGAUCUUGAGAAUCCUCAAAGAUCGAGGAGAGGGGGCUAUGAGAGCUGUCUGUGCUGCACUCAAUGUUCCAAUGUACAGUCCAGCUGACAUUGCCUUUUUGGGUGAAUAUGCAAACACAAUGAGUCCAGUUGCUCAGGCGAUAAACAUACUACAGGGAGAAUCCAACAUUCAGAUGGGAUGGCUCCUCCCUACAAUUACCACCCUCAUCACCAAGCUUGAGAAAACCAGAGCGUCGCAGAGAUUCUCCAAGCCACUAGUUGAUGCCCUGCAAGACGGUUUGAAGAACCGGUUUGGGAAAAUGAUGUCUGACCCAGAGCUGGUUGCUGCAGCCAUUCUUCAUCCAAAAUUCAAAACAUCCUGGACCAGUGAUGAAGACGUCCUCAAACUAGGCCUCAGUUACAUCAAGGAACAUCUUCCCGACCAUGAGCCUCUGCCGCGACCUGCUGACAACUCCUCAAGCGCUUCUGAUGAAGAGGAUUUCUUUUCUAAUAUGAAGCAUGUACACACACAGGAAACGACCAAACAACUGGAUGCAUACAUUUACCUGGCGUGUACAUCUGAAGGUGUGAACAUUUUGACAUCUUACCCAGCUGUAUCCAACCUGUCGCUCAAGUUAAACACAGCCCUACCUGCCUCUGCUGCCUGUGAAAGGCUUUUUAGUGCAGCUGGAUUGAUCUUGAGCCCAAGAUGAGGAAGAAUUGAUUCACACAACUUCGAAAACCAGCUUCUACUGAAGUUGAAUAAGGACUUCUUCAAGUUUGACUAGUUUGACCAGUUUGACCAGGCUGAGAAUUUUCGUUAGCAGGGUUAUACUAUACAUCUACAAUCUGUUUUGAUGUUUGUCUCGCUGAAAGCAGUGUUGCUGUUGGGGCAGUUAUAAAGCUAGAAGUAUAACUGGGAUUUUAAGAUAGGUUGAUGGUUUUAUUUUUUGUUUUCUGAGGAAGCUGCAUCUACAGAGAUUCCACUGUCUGACUGAUGCACACGUACACACACACACACAACCAUACACAUAUACACACACUGCUACAGCUGUAUCAGAACACUGCCAUGCUAGUUUUGUGGGAGAAAAAAUGUUUAAAUAAAAAAUGAAAACGAUAAUGGCUGUCCUUUUGUGGAUUCAAUUGCAUUUCUAUGCUGACGUUUCUAUAGGCAGUUUUGUGUAGCACAUUAGUGGUUCUACAAGCAAGUCAGUGCAUUCAGUAGGUGGUUUCAGAGAGUUACGAGCUUCUGUAAAUGCAUUGUAGAAACAAUACAAC